AUGGAGUUUUACGCUGAGGACAUCACAUCAAUUACGACCAUGAAGAGAUCAUCCGAUUCUGCACAAAGUCAAACAGCAAUAGGACUAACCACUCUCCCGGACAUCAGUAAUCCAGUAACCACUCCUCCACACCUCACUAAUCCAGUAACAACUCUCCAACACCUCACUAAUCCUGUAACCACUCUCCCGGACAUCAGUAAUCCAGUAACCACUCCCCCACACCUCACUAAUCCAGUAACCACUCUCCUACACCUCACUAAUCCUGUAACCACUCUCCCGGACAUCAGUAAUCCAGUAACCACUCCUCCACACCUCACUAAUCCAGUAACAACUCUCCAACACCUCAAUAAUCCUGUAACCACUCCUCCACACCUCACUAAUCCUGUAACCACUCUCCCAGACAUCACUUAUCCACUAACCACUCUCCCAUACCUCACUAAUCCUAUAACCACUCCCCCAAACCUCACUAAUCCUGUAACCACUCCUCCACACCUCACUAAUCCAGUAACCACUCUCCCAUACCUCACUAAUCCAGUAACCACUCUCCCACAUCUCACUAAUCCAGUAACCACUCUCCCACACCUCACUAAUCCUGUAACCACUCUCCCAAACAUCACUAAUCCAGUAACCACUCUCCCACACCUCACUAAUCCUGUAACCACUCCCCCAUACCUCACAAAUCCAGUACCCACUCUCCCACACCUCACAAAUCCAGUAACCACUCUCCCACACCUCACUAAUCCAGUAACCACUCUCCCACACCUCACUAAUCCUGUAACCACUCUCCCAGACAUCACUAAUCCAGUAACCACUCUCCCACACCUCACUAAUCCUGUAACCACUCUCCAACACCUCACUAAUCCUGUAACCACUCUCCCAGACAUCACUAAUCCAGUAACCCCGAUCCCAGACAUCGCUAAUCCACUAACCACUCUCCAAUACCUCACUAAUCCAGUAACCACUCUCCAACACCUCACUAAUCCUGUAACCACUCUCCCGGACAUCACUAAUCUAGUAACCCCGAUCCCAGACAUCACUAAUCCAGUAACCACUCUCCCACACCUCACUAAUCCAGUAACCACUCUUCCAAACAUCACUAAUCCAGUAACCACUCUCCCAUACCUCACUAAUCCUGUAACCACUCUCCCAGACCUCACUAAUCCAGUAACCACUCUCCCAUACCUCACUAAUCCUGUAACCACUCUCCCACACCUCACAAAUCCAGUAACCACUCUCCCACACCUCACUAAUCCUGUAACCACUCCCCCACACCUCACUAAUCCAGUAACCACUCUCCCAUACCUCACUAAUCCUGUAACCACUCUCCCAUACCUCACUAAUCCAGUAACCCCGAUCCCAGACAUCACUAAUCCAGUAACCACUCUCCCAGACAUCACUAAUCCAGUAACCACUCUCCCGGACAUCACUAAUCCAGUAACCACUCUCCCACACCUCACUAAUCCAGUAACCACUCUCCCGGACAUCACUAAUCCAGUAACCACUCACCUACACCUCACUAAUCCAGUAACCACUCUCCCACACCUCAUUAAUCCAGUGACCACUCUCCCACACCUCACUAAUCCAGUAACCACUCUCUCCACUAAUCCUGUAACCACCUCACUACUAAUCCAGUAA